AUGAUGCGUUGCUACGGUGUUUGGCUUUCAGCAUUUUUUGCACUAGUCUCCCAGACCGAUGCCUUCUAUCUUCCGGGAGUGAAUCCCCAAUCCUUUUCUGAGGGUGAACCGGUCAAGCUAAAGGUGAACAAAAUGACAUCUAGAAAGACUCUUCUACCUAUUGACUACUAUGGCUUGCCUUUCUGUCAACCUGCUGGCGGACCAAAGAUGGACAACGAAAACCUUGGAGAAUUCCUUGGAGGCGAUCGAAUUGAAUCAUCGCCAUACCUUUUGAAGAUGAACACUGAUAUGUACUGCCAGCAGCUAUGUAUCUCUAAUCUUGGAAAUGACGAGCAACGUGGUAUUGCACCAAACAAGGUUAUCAAGGCCAUCCGACGAGAAUAUCAUAACAAUUGGAUCGUCGAUAAUCUUUCUGCUGCUUCUAUUGUUGAAGAUGACGAAACAAUCACCACGAGGUACUGGCAAGGUUUUCCUGUUGGAUUUAUUUCGGAAGACAAUCGAAAAGCCUAUGUCCACAAUCACGUGAAUAUCGAGUUAAUGUAUCAUCCAGUUGAAAAUGAAGCGAACAAAUUUCGUGUUGUUAGAUUCACUGUCGAACCUUUCUCCAUCAAGCACGACUUUGAUUCCAUCAAGGAGGUGGGAGAUGCAGCAAACCAGGACGGUGAUAGUCCUGAAACCGAACAAUGGGCUACAAUUAAUAAUCCGAUCCAAAGUUGUAACAAGGAUGUACCCUUGACUCAACGGGAACACACCAACUAUGAUAUGGUCAUCGCUGAUGGUAGAGAGCCCCAGGAAGCAAGUGGUCGAGUCUUGUUUACUUAUGACGUCAAGUGGAUAGAAAACAAGGAUUUAAAGUGGGCAUCGCGAUGGGAUAUUUACUUGAGCAUGGACAAUGCCAUCCCACCCAGAGUCCAUUGGUUGUCUAUCGCGAAUAGUCUUGUCAUUGUUUGCGUGUUAUCAGCAAUGAUCAUCACUAUCCUUUUGAAAAGUUUGAGACAAGAUCUCGCACGCUACAACCGAGUUCUAACUGACGAAGAAAAAGCUGACGAGCUCGAGGAGAGAGGAUGGAAACUGGUUCAUGCGGAUGUCUUUCGACCUCCUGCAUUUUCGCCAUUAUUGCUUUCUGUUGCUUGUGGGACAGGUGCACAGUUGCUUUGUAUGACUUUCUGGACCAUUGUCUUCUCCGCUUUCGGGUUUCUGAGCCCUGCAAAAAGGGGCGCACUUUUGAUGGCGGAGCUGUCGUUUUUUGUCCUCAUGGGUGCAGUUGCUGGGUAUGUGGCGGCACGCAUGUACAAGACAUUCAAGGGGAAAGCAUGGCAGUAUGCAACUCUCUGUACAGCUCUUGGCUUCCCAGGCCUUUGUUUCGUGAUGUUCUUCACUCUAGACCUGAUGGCAUGGGGCUACGAGAGUACCGACGCUGUUCCCUUUACAACCAUUGUGGUGCUCUUGAUGAUGUGGUUCUGUAUUUCUACACCAUUGGUAUUUUUAGGUGCUUACUACGGCUACAAACAAGAUGCUAUUGAAAUUCCUGUGAAAACUUCAAGCAUACCGAGGCAGAUUCCAGAUCAACCUUGGUUCAUGGGUGCACCCUUUACACUUAUGAUUGGCGGAAUUUUACCUUUCGGAGCCUGCUUUGUGGAGCUUUAUUUCAUUAUGGCCUCGGUUUGGAUGAACUACUACUACUAUGUCUUUGGAUUUCUGCUUUUGGUUUUCUUGAUUCUGAUCAUCACCUGCGCUGAGAUCACACUUUUGUUCAACUAUUUCCAGCUCUGCAAUGAAGACUAUCAUUGGUGGUGGCGUUCUUUCGGUACCUCAGGUUCUACAGCGAUCUAUGUGUUCCUCUACUCCUUUGUCUACUUUCAAAACCUUGAAGCGAACUCUUUGCCAACCUACAUUUUGUAUUUCGGUUAUAUGGGGCUGGCAAGCAUUGGCUUGUUCUUGAUGACCGGUUUCAUUGGUGUCGCAUCUAGCUUUUGGUUCAACAAGGUUAUUUUUGAGUCUGUGAAGUUUGAUUAG